UGCGGGGUGCUGCGCUGCGCCUUAGCUGGACCGCUGCGCCCCCUACAGCGUCAGAAAAAGAGCCGUGCUGGCUGUAUUCUGUCCCUAUUUCUGUGAUACAGCUGCAUGCUUUUCACGUAUUGCGCCCCUGGGGCACGAGCCGACGAGGAGUUGACUGCGGCGCCAGGGCAUCCUGAGCCUCGCCCUCACGCUUCGUGUCUGAACACCCUCCCGUUUUUGUAGAUACAGCGCCCCAGCUUGACACUGGCAGCAUGAAGAUAGGCUGUCUCCAGUUCGCGCCCCGGGUCGGCGAGGUGGCCGACAACAUCGCGCGGGCUGACGCGGUCCUCUCGCGAGCCAAGCCGGAGGAUGUGGCCGGCCUGGACCUGCUUGUCCUCCCCGAGAUGGCCUUCAGCGGGUACAACUUCAAAUCGUUGCAGCACAUCUUGCCCUACUUAGAACCCACGGCGGGUGGCGUCAGCGGGCGGUGGGCGCGCGACGCUGCACGCCGGUAUGGCUGCGCCGUCGCCGUCGGGUACCCGGAGAUGGCUGGGCAGUCUGGGUCCGAUCCCGAGUGCUACAACUCGCUCGUCGUCGUCAAACCUGACGGCGACGUGGUGGCUCACUAUCGCAAGUCGUUUCUCUAUUACACGGACGCCACUUGGGCUCGCGAGGGCCAGGGCUUUUACGGCGGAACGCUAGACAACCACCAGGUGGCCAUGGGCAUAUGCAUGGAUAUUAAGUUCAUGGCGCCGUGGAAUGCGUACGAGUUCGCCUUCCACAUCCUCGGAGUCCGAGCAGACCUAGUCAUUCUCUCCACGGCUUGGCAGGUUCUUGACGAACGCACCGCCUUCCUCUCCAAGCCCGAGCUGCCGGACAUGGGCACCAUCAGCUACUGGGUGCGACGACUUGAGCCCGUCGUCAGCGCCGGGCGUUCCGAGGAAACCAUCGUCGUCUUUGCCAACCGCUGCGGCGUCGAGGAGGAAGUCACCUAUGCCGGCAGCAGCACCGUGCUGGGCAUCAAGGACGGCGUCGUCUCUGUCUAUGGGUGCCUCGGGCGCGGCACCGAGGAGCUGCUGAUCGUCGACACCGACAAGCCGCCGUUCGGGACAUUCGUCAAGUCCGGCGAGGAGGAGCCGGCAGACGAAGAGCCAGGGGUUCCGGUGCCAGUGCCCGACCCAGGACCGCGGGGCGGGGCAAUCCAGUGA